CAUGCUCAGUAGCGGCGGCGCGUCCGACUGCUGCUUGCAAGGCACUGGCGUUCGCGCUGCGGGGCUCCGGGGCCGACGCGGGAGUCCACCCCCUCACCACCGCCGCUUCCGCAAGGCCAGGCCUUCGCCGCCUCUGCGUGCUGGACUCCCGCUCCUUUCGCGUCCCUUCACUCGCUGCCUCCUCGCUCUCUUUAGGAGGUAAAGCUCUGCUCAUCUCUCUCUCUCUGGCGCCAGAGGCUGCUCUGCAAAGCCCAACGGAGGACCUGCGAGAAGAUCCCGGAUAGCAGAGGACCCUGAGCAGCGCUCUUUCUAAUAGUACUUUGCCCGAAGUAGGGCCGUGGUGGAGUUUCUCCUCUCCUUUUCAUGCUCACAUUAUGCGCAGAGCAGUCGGCUUCCUUGCACUGUGCCUGCUUCUUAAUCUUCAUGCUGCAGGAAGCUUUUCUGGAAAUAAUGAUCCCUUUCUGGCGAUUCAUCAGAAGAAGGUUGGGAAGCCGAUAUUCAUUUAUCACCAUUCACAAGACAUUGAGAAGAGCCUGGAAAUAGCUCCACAAAAGAUAUAUAAACAUAGCUACCAUGCCUCUUCUGAAGCUCAAAUACGCAAACGCCACCAGAUGGUUAAUUCGGCAUUUCCUAGACCCGCCUAUGACCCAUCUCUCAAUCUAUUGGCCGUGUCUGGUCAGGAUCCUGAGGUGGAAAAUCUUCCAGUCCCAGCAGCGAAUGUAAUUGUGGUGACACUGCAAAUGGAUGUCAACAAGCUGAAUAUAACCUUGCUUCGGAUAUUCCGUCAAGGAGUGGCUGCAGCUUUAGGACUCUUACCCCAGCAAGUGCACAUCAACCGCCUCAUUGAAAAGAAGAACCGUGUUGAACUCUUUGUGUCUCCCUUAAACCGAAAAACAGGAAUUUCCGAUACUCUGCCAUCUGAGGAAGUGCUGCGUUCACUUAAUAUCGAUGUUCUGCACCAGAGUUUAUCCCAGUUUGGAGUUAUAGAAGUCUCCCCUGAGAAAAAUGUUUUGCAAGGGCAGCAUGAAGCGGACAGAAUCUGGAGCAAAGAAGGAUUUUAUGCUGUUGUCAUUUUUCUCAGCAUCUUUGUUAUUAUAGUAACGUGUUUGAUGAUUCUUUACAGAUUAAAAGAAAAGUUUCAGCUUUCCUUGAGACAAGAUAAAGAGAAAAAGCAGGAGAUCCACCUAUCACCUAUCGCAUUACCACCAGGACAGUCAGAGGCGAAGACACCCCACAGCAUGGUCCAGCCUGAGCAGGCCCCAAAGGUGCUGAAUGUCAUCAUAGAUCCUCAAGGCCAAUGCACUCCUGAGAUCAAAGCUGCUGCCUCUGCCUCUGUCUGCCAUUCUCCUUUCAAAAUGAAGCCCAUAGGACUUCAGGAGAGACGAGGGUCCAACGUAUCUCUAACAUUGGACAUGAGUACCUUGGGGAAUGUUGAACCUUUUGUGGCUAUACCAACACCACGGGAGAAGGUAGCAAUGGAGUACCUGCAGUCAGCCAGCCGAGUUCUCACAAGGUCACAGCUGAGGGACGUCGUAGCAAGUUCACAUUUACUACAAAGUGAAUUCAUGGAAAUACCAAUGAAUUUUGUGGAUCCCAAAGAAAUUGACAUUCCUCGUCAUGGAACUAAAAAUCGCUAUAAGACCAUCUUGCCAAAUCCCCUCAGCAGAGUAUGUUUAAGACCCAAAAAUGUAACUGACUCAUUGAGCACCUAUAUUAAUGCUAAUUAUAUUAGGGGCUACAGUGGCAAGGAGAAAGCAUUUAUUGCCACACAGGGCCCCAUGAUCAACACUGUGAAUGACUUCUGGCAGAUGAUUUGGCAGGAAGACAGCCCAGUGAUUGUUAUGAUCACCAAACUCAAAGAAAAAAAUGAGAAAUGUGUCCUUUACUGGCCAGAAAAGAGAGGGAUAUAUGGGAAAGUGGAAGUUCUGGUUCUCAGUGUAAAUGAAUGUGACAACUACACUGUUCGAAACCUCGUCUUAAAGCAAGGAAGUCACACCCAACAUGUGAAGCAUUACUGGUACACCUCAUGGCCCGAUCACAAGACUCCAGACAGUGCCCAGCCCCUUCUCCAGCUCAUGCUGGAUGUGGAAGAAGACAGACUUGCUUCUGACGGCCGAGGGCCUGUGGUCGUCCACUGCAGUGCAGGGAUUGGUAGAACAGGGUGUUUCAUUGCUACAUCCAUUGGCUGUCAACAGUUGAAAAAAGAAGGAGUCGUUGAUGCCCUGAGCAUUGUCUGCCAGCUUCGUGUGGACAGGGGUGGAAUGGUCCAAACCAGUGAGCAGUAUGAAUUUGUGCACCAUGCUCUGUGCCUGUACGAGAGCAGACUUUCAGCAGAAACUGUCCAGUGAGUCACUGAAGACUUAACAGACCACCAGUCUCCCAGGGUGAUUAAUCAACUUACUGAAAGGAGUUUCCUGCAGUGGAAGGAAAGCUAAGCUCUGAAGCCAGAGCUCAGGAUUAUGGAAGACUUGGCAACAUGUUCAAGAUUGCCAGCCCUUUAUGUAUGCGAAUGUAUCUGUAAGCAUCCCUCAAGUUUUUCUGAAGGUCCUAUGCUGAUGGAGGUAUGAGCUAUUUCUCACACAGCCUAAGGCAGAUCUUGUUUUGUCUGUGACUAUCUGCCACACAGAAUGUAUGUAUGUAAUAUCCAGUGAUCCAUGUCAUCAGGUGAUGACUGGAAGAGCUGCUGAAGAAAUUAUUAUUAAUUAUUAUUGUGUGUUUAGAUGCUUUAAUGUUUGCAAAAUCUGUCUUGUGAAUGGACUGUCAGCUAAACUGUUAAACUGUUCCUGUUUUAAGUGCUAUUACCUUUCUCAGUUACCAGAAUCUUGCUGCUGAAGUUGCAAGUGAUUCAUAAUGGAUUUUUAAAAAGUAAGUUUUGUUUUUGAAAAAAGAAAUCAAAAGCAGUAACUAUUUUAUAUGGAAAUAUGUCUUGAUAUUAUUACCUACUACAUGUGUAUUUACAGUACCUCCUGUCAACUACAGAGCACAAUGAUUGUCAUUGGAUAUAUAUGUAUUUACUAUCUAUUAGUGAGCAUAGAGGUAGCUCCUGCUCCAGAACUCGAUCCAAUGUAUUUCUACAUCAUGAGGCAUUUUACUUUAAAGAGAAACACAAAUUUGUAACAACUAUGAAGUAUCAAGAAUUUUAAAUACUUGUCUCUCUUUUACUAAGAAGAGGUUUUUGAAUAUGCUCUCUACCUGGACUCUCUCUCCCAGUCAAAGGCAGGUGCCUUUGGGAAUGAUGCAAUCUGUCCCAUUUCCAGAAGUUCUUCCUAAGGACACUGCCAUGUAUGUCCUUAAGUUUCUGAAAGGUUUUAAUCCUCCAGAUACAAAGUUCAAACAACUACACUCAGCAAACACUAGAUGUUCUGCUCAAGUAUGAAUUUUUAUUGCAACAAUGUUGACUUUCUUUGAUACUGCCAAUAAACUACUCUUAAUACUAAA